AUGGGAGGUCAGCCCAGCAGAGGGAAAACCCUGCCAAGCCCAAGCUCGAGCCCCUCUGUCCAAGAACCGGGCCCUGUGCCCAUGCAAGCAGAGAGAAGCAGGGCCACAGCCGUGGCCCUGGGCAGUUUCCCGGUAGGCGAGCACACAGAGCUGUCACUGAGACCGGGGGAUCCGUUGACCAUCAUCUCUGAAGAUGGAGACUGGUGGACGGUGAUGUCAGAAGUUUCAGGCACAGAAUACAGCAUCCCCAGCAGUCAUGUGGCCAAAAUCUCCCACGGGUGGCUGUAUGAGGGCCUGAGCCGGGAGAAAGCUGAAGAACUUCUAUUGCUGCCUGGAAACUCUGGAGGGGCCUUCCUCAUCCGGGAGAGCCAGACCAGGAAAGGUUGUUACUCCCUGUCAGUCCGCCUUAGCCGCCCUGCAUCGUGGGACCGGAUCAGACACUACAGGAUCCAGUGCCUUGAUAAUGGCUGGCUGUACAUCUCACCACGCCUCACCUUCCCUUCACUCCAGGCCCUCGUGGAUCACUAUUCUGAGUUGGCGGAUGACAUCUGCUGCCUCCUCAAGGAACCCUGUGCCCUGCGGAGGGCUGGCCCGCUCCCUGGCAAGUCCCUACCCCUACCUGUGACUGUGCAGAGGGCACCACUCAAUUGGAAAGAGCUGGACAGCUCCCUCCUGUUCUCUGAAGCACCUGCCUUAGGGGAGUCCCCUCUCCUCAGCGAGGGGCUCCGGGAGGCCAUCAGCUCCUACAUCAGCCUGAGUGAUGACAGCUCCUUGGAUGAUGCCAUGGCCCAAAGCAGAGGCCAAAAGGGAAUCCAACGCUGCAGCACCUAG